AUGGAUCGAGUAAUCCCAUUUCUACCACAUCAUUACCCGAACUUUCGGUUUGCAAGCAAGGAUGUAUCAACUUUCCUGGAAGAAUACGAGAGAAGAUGCGAAAUGGCUGGAUACAACGACCGGCAAAAAGUGUUACUGCUUCCUGACUUCUGCGAACCAACCUAUGGACGAUUGGUACAGUUGAUGAAGCCAUAUAAGGAAGCAAAAUGGGAUGAAUUCAAAGAAGAACUAGUGAGACAAUAUGCGUACAGCGACUCUGCCACCCGAACUGGAACCAGAGCAUUCCUGGCGAAAUUUGUCAAUGAAAGCCAUCAAAAAUCCUUGGAUUUCUCACUCUACUAUGCGACCUUCUCCACUUACUCGGAGGCUGCAGUGAAGAACAAGCAAAUCAGUGAGGAAGAAGUAGGAUACUAUUUCUUCCAAGGGUUAUGUUCGCAGGACCAGGAACGCAUUAUGUUUCUAAUGCCAGAGAAGGAUCGGCCAGUAGGAGACCAAAUCAACACCUUCAAAUUCCAAGAGUUGUUUGCCUUUACCCAAAAGAUGCAUGAAGAAGAAGUGGAACGGCAAGAACCAACCAAAUUGCCAAAAGGCGUGGAUCCAGAAGUGGAUAAGCUAGUUCAGGAUCUGGCUGACAUGACCCUCACAAUGAGUCAAAUUGAAAUCCUUAGUAAACACGACUACUACUCCCGGUUUCUAAGCGAGCCAACCAAUUACAUGUAUUUGGUUAGACAUAAGCUAAGAGCUGAGCCUCUAAAGAAUGAGCGAAAUGAUGGUUCAUAUAUAACCAGCCAACCACGAACCACCAAUUUCGAAAGAGAUAGCAAGUGGAACUCAUCAGGAAGAGAGUAUCGCCUGACUUGCAACAUGUGUGGAGUUGCAGGGCACCUAUUGAAGGACUGUCAGGAUUGGGUUCGAUUGCUGAAGAAUGGGUGGGCACACAGUAAAAGAGAAGAAGAUGGCCAAUGGAGAUACUUCUUUGGUCCAAGAAAUCGAAGCUUGGGACAAAUGGAUGGGAAUCCCCCUCGCGAAAGGAUAUAUGAAUGGAUUGAACCACAAGUGUUGCAGUAUUUUCAGAUCAGGAAAGAAAACCUGAACGAGGUUGCAACAUCUAUACGCUCAAAUAAGUUUGGUUUUCGACAAGACAGUAACCCUAGCUACACCAUCAUGAAAAGAGAAGAAGGAAACUCUCAGUCAGAAGGGGUGAACAGCAUUACAGGCAUGGAAAACCAUAAACAAAAAGGAACGAUAAGUCAACAUGCACAGCAGUUUGCAGAAGGAAUCCAGAACGAAAUUGUGAGCAGUGUUCAACUGAGCAAUACUCAUGUAAUGGAUGAUAGCAUACUAGGAAAUGCUACAACGUUUGCAAUUCAGAAAGGUCCGAACACGAGAGUGGAAAAGAGAGUUCUCCCAACCAAAGGAAGAGUUACAAACCGACUCCGCAAUGCAAUUGCGGAGGAGGUGGAUAUUCGCGAAGAAACACCAGCGAUGACUGAUAGUCAAGACACUCAACCAAGAGCAGCCAGUGAAGGAGCUGCAGAUCCGCUGGCAUGGCCGGUGGACAAUAGGGAUAUUGAUCAUCCCACUGCAGCAGUCAGAGAAGAGCAACCAACAUUAUCCCCAAUACCUACUGCGAAAAGAAAGGCUAAGGCAUCUGACGUAAUGCUGGAAGAUGAGCAGCUAGGGGCAUUACUACGCCAACACCCAAACCGCAUUGUGAAUUUUGCAUUGCAGCAAGAAGUUCGAGGAAUAUCUUUAGCAGAUAUCAUGUCUAACCCGCCCACCCGCAGAAUCCUAAACCGAUUAAUCAAGGAUACUGAUGAGGGUAAUGACGAAAAUCGAGAUAACAAUGCUCCUGAAACAAGAGAUACACAGUUUCAUGGUGUCAAUGCAAUUUCAGCUGUUCAAACCAAUUAUCCAGUGCUAGUAGGGCAGGUAAACACUGCUGCAAAGCAUGAAAUCAUUGGUUAUGGAGACACUUUCAAUGAACACGAACAACUCAAGAAUCAACAGAUGGUCCGGAUGGAAGACAAGAUAUCUGGAGUCGUCUUAAUUCAAGGAGAUCUUCCAGAAUGCUGGGCAGAAAUUUAUGAUUGCCGCGCAAGGUGUCUUAUUGACAGUGGUUCCAUGAUGAACGUCAUGCGAUUAUCAGCCGCAAAUGCAAUGGGUCUAGUAGUGGAUAACUUGGCAGGAGCUGACGGACCCGGAGGUUUGGUCACUGCCAAUGGCUCGGUGGAUCCUUAUGUGGGAGUGGCUAUAGAUGUGCCAAUCAAAGUUGGUUGUGUUACAAUCUACACUAGCUUUCGGAUCACAAGUAAUCUAUCAAGGUCAAUCAUAUUGGGAGCACCAUGGUGUUCCGCAUCCAGAUUACAGAUGUCAUGGACUACAAAUGGUCAAUGCAAAUGUAAAAUCACGACGGAAUGUGGAACAGGAACAGCAACUUUCAUGGCGGCGGACCCUGAGGCCAAAGAACAACAUCGUUAUCUUGCAAUUCCCAGCCCGGAAAACUAA